AUUUUAAAGUACAAUAUAGAUGAAAAUACAAGUAAAGAUGAAUUUUCCGCAUUAGGCAUGUAAGACGUAUGUAUUAAAACUUAACCUAGUAAGAUAUUUAUAAGUAUACACACGUAACAAGUACAUAUGCUUCUGGAUCUAGGUGAUAAAGUUAUUUAUCAAACAUGGCGUCGGACGAUCAACUCGAAAGGAAGGCAGACGACAGAAUUCUAGUUCCAAUUUCAUGUGGUGACAGGAAAUAUAUGAAUGUGCUGGAGAGAGAUAUUUUGAAAAAUUUCUUCACAACUUAUCUUCUAGAAGUGGAUCCCCAACCUCUUAUUGGCGCUUUGUGUGAAGGUACACAUAUUUCUAAGGAAUGUUUGAAUUUAAUCAAGGUAAAAUGUGAAAAAUCGCCGUUUUGGUUUUCAUAUGAAAUCCUCAAAGACGAAAUUGCAAAACGUUAUCCUUUGAGGGCUUUUGUCUUCAUUCUGUAUUCUAUACAUUUUGCACAGUUGGCAAACGACCUGAUAUCAUACUACAAUGAGUUUACUCGCACUAGGCUUGUCCAGGAAGUGGCACGUGCCCCAGUUGGUAAUAGGAAGACGAUACAACAAUACUUUAAAUUCAUUAAGAAGCAAGUUCACGAAUUCACCUUUAAAAAUCCUCAGGCUGAUCUAUCAUCCAUAGGAGUUAGGUUGAGACAAAAUAUAGAAUUGGAAAAGAAUGAUGCUAAGAGGCAAUUCAUGUAUGACCGGUAUGUCGCUCUGAAAGCAGCAGAAAUAGAUGCCCUAACGAACAAAACAGACGACAUUGAUCCUUACGGAGGAGCGUUCAAAGAUAUUGAAGAGGUUAUUGACGACACCAGCAAUCCUAACGUAUCCAGAGUCCUUCUGUACGGUCGAAAAGCAGAUGUUUUGUCUUCUCUUGGAAGGCAAGAAGAAGGACGUGACAUGUUAAAGGAAGGAUUCAAAUAUGCAAACGCUACAGAUACCUGCAUCGAAUCAGUGGACAUGGUCUACAAAGGUGUUGUUUUUCGCUUGUCGGAAUUAGAGGAACAACCAUCCACUGAAUUAAAGGAAAUGCUGCUACUAGAAGCAAGUCGAGGUCUUCACGGACUCGCGGAUGAGGACGAGGACGUAAAGAUAUUUUGGAGGAGACUGUUUAUUCUAAGAAUGAUUUACAGUCAUUUGGGUAUCGGAAAACGCUGUAUGAUAAUACCGGGCUACGAAAUUUCCGAGGAGUCUUUACGAGAAGCAGAAAGACUGCUUUCAUUGGAUUCUUUGGAGGAUUUAGAGCAUCGUCGUCAGAUGAUGUAUGGUGUUGCUAAAGCUCGUCUGCUGGAAUUAAAAGGCGAACUGUCACCUGCUAUUGCAACCAUACGUAGAGCAAUAGAGAUUGCUAAAGAGGGAAACUAUACUGAAAUGCCAAUGAUUACUCAUUAUCAUUCCCAUCUCCAACAUAAACUUAAGAACAUGUGUAUUUUUAAUAUAAGUCAGCAUACAAAUGAAUCCGAUUGAAUUCGUUACACUGUGAUUAUUUGAAUUUCACAUUUAAUUGUACACUUCUUGCGUUAAUAUCAAUAUUUAAUCAAGGUUUAUGUAUGAAGGGAUACAGAUUUCAUGUGUUAAUAACAGAGUAAUUUUGCCGAUAAAAUUUUCUCAGAAAA